AUGGUUGCUGCUCGCUUAGCUUCAUCAAUAUGUGAAGCUCACAAGUACAAGCCAGUGCGCAGGUUUUUUUGGACGGACUCAAAGAAUGUUCUUGCUUGGCUACGAAGUGACGCGCGGUCAUAUCUUCCUUUUGUUGCGCACCGCCUGGCAGAUAUUUUGGAGCUUUCCACCAUUGAUGAGUGGCGUUGGGUUCCAACUGUGUUGAAUGUCGCUGACGAUGCCACCCGUCCUAACUCAAAUACUCCCCUUCCUAACAGUAGAUGGAUUGAAGGUCCAGAGUUCUUGAAAGCCCCGUCUAGUGACUGGCCUGUUGAAAUUUCUACCAGUGGGCACUUUAACACUGACGAGCUAAAACCAAGCGCUAGAAUUAACCUCAUUAACGUAGGUCAUAUUUCAACCACAUCCAUUAUUCCAUCUGUCAUACCUUUGUGUGCGGAUCCGUUCCGCUUCAGCCAAUGGCUGCGUUUGCUCCGCUCUACAGCGCGCGCGCAUUUGUACAUCAGGAGCUUGAAAGGUAGAGCUAGUGUGUGCGCCUCAACCUCCCACGCUCCUGGCUCUGUUAGCUCUACUAAACUUAUGCCGCUGUCUGCCGAUGAUAUGUACAUCGCCCGGUCUCACAUCUUUCUCCAGGCCCAAGUGGACUCCUUUCAAGAAGAAAUGGCUGCUAUACGCCAAGGUUUGCCAAUUCCUCGGCAAAGCAAGCUGAAAAAGCUUCAUGUGGUCCUUGGGGAGGACGGCCUACUGAGACUCUCAGGGCGUGUGGGAGCAAUUACCGGCGUGCCAGAUGCAAUGAAUUUUCCUAUUAUCUUGGAUGGAACUCAUCAAGCCGUGCGACUACUAAUUGAGCACGAGCACCGUCGACUGGCCCAUGGCAAUAAUGAAACCGUCGUGAACGAGCUACGCCAGGAGUUUUUCAUCUUAAACCUUAGAAGCACCGUCAGAUCUGUGGGGCACAGGUGUCAAUUUUGCCGUAUCAGGAAAGCAACCGCUGUGAUUCCUCCUAUGGGAAAUCUACCUGCUUCCCGUCUAACCCACCAUUGUCGUCCUUUCACGUGUGUUGGACUAGAUUACUUCGGCCCCGUCCAGGUGACGAUUGGCAGGCGGCACGAAAAACGGUAUGUCGCCUUGUUUACGUGCCUGACGACCCGGGCAGUUCAUUUGGAAGUUGUGCACGAUCUGUCAACUGACGCCGCGAUAAUGGCUUUACGUCGGUUUGUAGCCCGUCGAGGCACGCCUAAGGAGAUCUGGUCGGAUAAUGGAACUAGCUUUGUUGGAGCGACGAAAUUCCUUCGCGAGCUCUACGGUCCAAAAUUGAACGACUUCACUGUGAACAACGGAAUAGAAUGGCGUUUCAUACCGCCUUCGGCGCCCUCAAUGGGCGGAGCUUGGGAGCGCUUAGUGCGUUCCGUUAAAACGGCCCUUAAAGUGAUCCUCAAGGACAGAGCCCCUAAAGAACCGAUAUUCACCACCCUUCUCGUUGAGGCGGAGGCAAUCGUGAAUUCAAGGCCACUAACGCACGUUUCGGUUGGACAAGAAGGAAUAGAAAAUGAAUCGUCGAAGGAAAGGCCUGAGGCUGUUUGUGACAGCAUCGCAGUCAAUACUAUUGAGACCGCAGAUCCAUCACGCUCCGCAAUAGCUAGAGAAACAAUUGAAGAGACAACUCAUGAAAAAGCAGCAGCCAUUCACAACAAUUGCGAAUGCAAUAGCGUCAGUGCGCUGUGA